AUGGCCUCGGUGUCGACACGUAGUUUCGAGCUGGUCACCGCGGACGGCACGCUCAUCCACGACAGCCCGUACGUGCACCAGGAUCUCUUCUGGGCGCUCCGUGGUGGAGGCUGUCCCAGUUUUGGAAUGGUGACCAGUACGAAGUACAAACUGCACCCCGAGCAAGCGAUCAACGCCAGCUACUUCGAGGCGUACACGAUCACGUUGGACGCCUUCGUACAGGGGUUCGAAGUCUUCCACAACGCUCAAGGACCGCUCGCACGUCUGCUGGACUGGCUUCUAUCCGGUGCCGACAAGUCCAUCACGCCGCUCAUCAAAGACAUCGCACAGAUUCCAGGCAAUGGUUCUCCGGACGCCAUAGGAUACAACUACACUGCGGGCGACGUCGUCGCCGUGAAUGGUCGCACCGUCUCGCGCUUGCUCUCCACCUCCCUCUUCACCGAUGAACCCGCACACCAGCCGGACCAGUCCGCGAUCAACCUCCUCCUUCUGCGCCUCUCUCCCGCUCGGCGGCCGCGACCUUCUCGUCGGCGGCGGCGGCGUCGCGCAGCACCCCGUCUCCUUCGCGGCCGUGCACCCCGGCGCUCAUCGCUGAUCAACCUCGGCGUACGCGUCGGCUGCCUCAACGACACUCCUACUCUCGCCCAGGAGGCGGCCGAGGCCGCACAGACGUAUGAUGCCCCGUUCGUGAGCCUGACACGCGCGUGGGGCACGCGCUGGAACGAGAUGGGAUACUGGGAGGCGGGCCUGUUCAUGACCGCCGUAGCCAUCGUUUCGGAGAAUUGGGUGACGCACAGAAAGUGA